AUGGCCAAUGCGUGACCAGGCGGAAAGAGUCGGGGACUACGAACGUGAGGUGUUGAUUGGCCCAGAGACCAGAGUUCUCCAAACGGCUAAGCGACUAGACCCCAACAAAGCAACAUCGUGACUUUUUUUGAAACCGCGGCAGAACGGAGAUAUACUGGGAAUAGGGCUGUUUCGAUCCGUUUCGUUCUUUUUACGUCGUUGAUCGUCCUCGUCCUUGAUUACUUUGUCCUCUUACUCUCAUCAUCCUCAAGAUGGCUGACAAGGACGCUGGAACCCCGCGAGUCUUCCUCGUAAGGCACGGCCAGACAGAAUGGACCAUCUCCGGUCAAUGCACCGGUAGCACCGACAUUCCUCUGACCGCCGUCGGGGAGAGCCAAGUGCUUUCGUCCAGCAAGGUUGUGGUGGGGCAGGGCAAGCUCAUCGACCCCUCCAAGCUCACCAAGGUGUUCAUCAGCCCACGCACCCGCGCCCAGCGCACCUACGACCUCCUGUUCGACGAUGCUGCCAAGGCGGCCUUGAAAGAGAAGGUUGAGAUAACAGAGGAUAUCAGGGAGUGGGAGUACGGAGCAUACGAGGGCGUGACGCCAACGGAUAUCCGCAAGCUGCGCCAGGAGAAGGGACUGGAUAAGGAGAGGCCAUGGAACAUCUGGCACGAUGGAUGCGAGGAUGGAGAGUCACCCACUGAGGUUGCCACGCGCCUGGACGAGCUGAUCGCGAAGAUCAAGCAGCUGCAGGCGCCGUGUAUGGAUGGCUGGAGGCCGGCGGAUAUUGUGGUUAUUGCGCAUGGACACAGUCUGAGGGCUUUUGCGAAGAGGUGGAUUGGGUUUGAGAUGGGGAUGAGGCUGCCGCUGAUGUUGGAGCCGGGGGCGGUGGGGGUGUUGAGCUAUGAGCAUCAUAGGGUGGAUGAGCCGGCGUUGCUGUUGGGGGUUAAUAUGGGAGGUGAGGAGUGAGGAGGUGGACGAGUCAUGAUGGGAUGAGAGCUUAUGCUACUGAUGAUGAGGCCUUUGUGGGUUAACAUGAAGGUGAGGAGUGAGGAGGUAGACGAAUGAUGAAAUGAGAGCUUAUGACACUGGUAACGAGGUGUUUUUGAAGGACUUGGGUGACGUUUGCUGUUGAGGGGGACACCGAGGCAUGAGUUGUGCUGUGCGGUGGAGUCGGCAUAUGUCAGUGGUAACUGAGAGAGUCUCGAAAGCCUCGAGUGAUACCAAUUAUUGAGGAAUGCGGUCAUGAACACAGUCGGCAUAUGCCACUGACUGGUAGCCAAGAACUUCUCGAAAGACUUGGGUGAUAGCAAUUGUUGAGGAAUGCAGUCAGUCAUGAACACAGUCGGCACAUGCUCCUGACUAGUAACUGAGAGAGUCUCGAAAGACUUAAGUGAUACCAAUUUUUGAGGAAUGCGGUCAUGAACAGAGUCGGCAUAUGCCACUGGCUGGCAGCCCAAGGGUUUUCAAAGACUUGGGUGAUAGCAAUUAUUAAUGAGCGUAGCCACACAUGAAUUGUACCAGACAUGACACUGACUAGUAACUAAGAG